CAGUUUACUUUAUUCGGCAGUAAGCAUUUGUCAGAGUCGCAUGGGUUAUCUAUUUUCCAGGGAAAUGGGUGAGCCAAAAGGUCUGGUUUUUGCUCUACUGAUUUGGUGUCUCCUCACAGUACACGCUCUAGGUUCCCAACAAAGCUGCCAAAAACCCCAACUGGAUAAGGGUUAUUUUGACUCUGAUGAAGGAACUUACCCGCUUGGCACGGAACUUUACUAUGCCUGCGAUAAAGGCCUGAAACCUGUGGCUGAGGGGUGGUGGGCGAUUGUUAAGUGUGAGAACAGCAAAUGGUCCCACACACCUCUGUGCAUAGAGGAGAACGACUGCAUUGCUCCAGACAACCCCAAUGCUAAAGUGAUAAAACCUAAUGUGAAUGGAUGGCAUCCCAAUGGCGAUACUGUUCGGUUUGAAUGUGAUGCAGCAUAUAAAAUGAAGAGCGGGGACAGAGUGAGUUCCAAAUGUGAGAAUGGAAUUUGGACAAAAUUACCACUUUGUGUAGAAAAAGCCAACUUGUGUGAAGCUCCUCCACCGGUGACCAAUGCAGUUAUCACUCAUGAAUACCAGGACAAGUUUCCAGAUGGCUCUAUCGUACAUUAUAAAUGUCAGAAUUCAUAUACUUUGGCAGGAACAGACUCUAUUGUUUGCCUAUCUGGAAAAUGGACCCCCAGUCCCACAUGCAUUAAAACUCCAUCCCCCACAGAGAGGGCCAGCACAGGUGAAGGAGGCCACAGCACUUCUGGUGACAGAGGGAAUGGUGGCACAUCUCGUGGAGGGGACCACAUUGACUCUAUCGGUGAUGAGUCCUCACCCAAUGUCAGACCCACUGCCAGACCACAACCUAGUGGUAAAAUUUUACCUGUUGAUAGGUGUGGAGCGAAGCCAACAGUUGAUAAUGGGGAUUUUAUCACUGUCCCUGGAAGCAAUCAAAUGGCACUGACCUACAAAUGCAUUAACUAUUACAAACUUGUGGGCCCAGAGAAAGUGAUGUGUCGUAGUGAUCGAACGUGGUCAGAGCUACCCACUUGUAAAGCUCCCUGUACCAUUGAAAAAAAGACUUUUGACCAGCUGGAUCUUCCAAAAGAUAUGUUUGUGAAGGAAGGAGAGAGUCAAACAUUUCUCUGUAAAGAACAGGACUAUUACAGACGACCUCUUGUUGCUGAUGUUCGAUGUCAGAAUGGACAUGUGACCAUUGACAGAUGUACAUUGGGCUGCAAACUGGAACCAAGAAAUCAUCAUUGGCUGGGUCUUGCACAAGAUGUGUUUAUAAAGGAAGGAACUCACAGAUUGACCUGUGGACAAACUGAUUCCUAUGGUCGUCCUCUUGUUGCAGAUGUUCGAUGCGAGAAUGGAUAUCCAAGAUCUACCAAUUGUUCCUAGCUAAACUAAUAUCUGGUGGUGUAUUUUCUUAAAAGGGCCGUUGAAUCAACGCAACACACCCAAAUCUGCAGCAAAUCCCCUGGAAGAGAGGACUUCCCACGUUGGCCACGAAUGAAGAUUGUUUGUGAUAUGUUUGAUAAAAUUGCUUUUACAUUUGGUUCAUGAUAUGGAAUGUGCCUUACAACACACGGUGUUAGUAGGGGAGCAGAGAGGAAUGGAGGACCACCAUCUUAGGAUAGGAGGCUGUCUGACAAGAUUUAAACAAUCCUUCUGAAUGAUUAAAAAGUUAUGAAAAGACAUGUUGAAUAUGAUAAUGGGUAGGCGAACAAUUGAUGAAACAGUUGAUCAACAAUACACUUGAUAUUGAUCCUCCAUUCAUUUAAAGCAGCAAACUACUGAUAGUCAAUGAAAGUCAAAUCAAUUGAAUGUGCGGUAUACAAUGGAUGCAUGUAGAAAAUAUCAUGGCUUGGAUCCAUAUAAAAUAUAUAAUUAUA